AUGCCGCCUCCGCUCCCCUCCUCCCACCGCGGGAUGACCGCGAACCCUCUAAAGCCAGUGGGCCGCUAUCGACCCGGGAAGCCGAUCGCCGAGGAUCCCUCAUCAUCUGAAGAAGAGGAAGAAGAAGACGCUGAAGCGCAACGAGAACAAGAACGACGGAGACAAGCCGAGGCACAACGUCGCAGACAGCAAGCUCCCAAAGCGAGAUCGUUCCCUGCAGCAGCAGUGCACAAGAUUCAGGAAGAUCAGGACGAGGAUGAGGAAGGUUUCGAGACCGAGGAAGAAGAGGAUGAUGACACAAGCGCCAAAGCACCACCGGCAGCAAAGGCUGCAGCCCCGACUGCCGCUGAAAGGAUAGCGCCUGCUGUACAGAGGGCUGCUCCAGCUCCGGUUCCGAAAGUAGGCGAUGACGAGGAAGAGGAGGAGGAAGAGGAAGAGGAAAGUUCGGAGGAGGAAAGCAGUUCGGAAGACGAGGCGCCGCGGCGGAUGCUCAUCCGGCCGACGUUCAUCAAGAAAGACAAACGCUGCAAUGCGGAUGCGCAAGACCCGGCUGCACAAACAUCAGCAUCGACCAGGGCAGCAGACUCGGCUGCCGACAACGAGGCGCGGCGGGCGCAACGGCAAGAAAAGGCAGACAUGCUCGUACGCGACCAGCUGGAGAAAGAGGCAAUCGCGCGCACAACGGCGAACAAGGCCUGGGACGACGACAAUCUCGUGGAAGCAGAUGAAGAAGAGGCAAUUGACGACCGCGACGGGGUGGACGCAGACGCAGAGCACGCAGCAUGGAAGCUGCGAGAGCUCAAGCGAGUCAAGCGGGCGCGCGAGGCGAUCGAGGAAGCCGAGAAGGAGCGCGAAGAAGUCGAGCGGCGACGCAACCUCACCGCGGAGGAGCGCGACCGCGAAGACCGCGAGUUCCUGGCGAACCAAAAGGAAGAGCGGGACGCGGCGCGCGGCCAGUCCGGGUUCAUGCAGCGGUACUUCCACAAGGGCGCGUACUUCCGCGACGACCUGGAGCGCGAGGGUCUGGAUCGGCGCAAUGUCAUGGGCUCGCACUUUGUCGACGACGUCAACCGCGACACCCUGCCGCAGUACAUGCAGGUGCGCGACAUGACCAAGCUCGGCAAGAAGGGCCGCACGCGCUACCGCGAUCUUCGCUCCGAGGAUACCGGCCGCUUCGGCGAGGGCUACGACAACCGCCGCCGCCGCCCCGAGGCUCCCCCGCUCGGUAUCACCGACGAGCGAUUCAUGCCCGACCGCGGCGACGAGCGCGCCACGGGCCCGACCGGUGCCAAUGCCAGUACUGUCAAGCCGCGGCGGCGGUCUCGCUCGAGGUCCUUCUCGCCUCGUCGAGAGCGAUCUGGACGAAGUCGUUCCCGCGAGCGGCGCAAACGAAGCCCGUCGCCCUACGACGACCGUGAGAAACGACGCCGAGUGGAGAGUACAUCAUGA